ACUGACGCACAAAUGCAGCUCACGUAGCAGUGAGGGGCUCAUAAUCUUGAGUUGAGAGACACAUCUGUAACACAACUGCACGGAUUAUUCGGACUGUUUUCUUGCUUAACAGCAAAUGAGUAUUUCAAAUUACUGGAUUUGACAUUGUCAUCAGCUUUAAAUCAUGUUGUGUCUGCAGGAAUCGAGUGACUGCCUGCGAGAACAGAUGCAUUACAUGAUGCGAUCACUGCAGGAUCUAAAGCAUUUUCGCCGGAGCUGCGCAGCUCCCCCUGUUGGGCCUCCGGUGAGGUUGCGUGCCUGCAAGCAGCUCAUAGCCCAGCGAGAGCGCCGAGCUCGGCUGAGGAUCAGCGACGCUAGUGAGGCUAGCAGCUACGACUCCGCCUGCUGUCUUUCUACCUCUCUGGAGGAGGAGGAGUCUACAUGCAACCCCUCAACCACCAGCUCUCCGAGCAGCGAGCGGAGCCUGGAGUUUGACUCUGGUUACUCCGAGGCAUCCUGGCAGGAUGAGGGCGUGGUGUUGCGACGAACCAGAAAUGUCCGCGUAUCUUCUUCAGCGUGUCUUCGCACCAACCAGGUGAACAGCAGCCGAGUUCGUCCAAAAUCCACAUCGGAUGCUUGCCUGGAAACGUGGACUUCAUUUGAGGCGGCUAGCGACCCGGAGGACUGGACUACGUCGCUGCUUACUCGCGGGCGUAACCGGCAGCCGCUUGUGUUGGGAGACAACAGUUUUGCAGAUCUCAUUCAAAACUGGAUGGACUUACCGGAAUGUCCAGAACAGACUGAACAGAAAUACAACUCGGGACGCAGUUUCGCUAAGGACUUCUUGAUAAACGUUAAACGAAGGAUAGCUGGAAUUUCACGGAACGUAGACGCACGAAGGAAGUCGACUGAUAUUACGAAGUUAAGCAAUACGUUUGUGGCCUCUAAAAGACUUUCUUGCCAAGUUGAAGUACAGCACCAAACACCAUUCUUCUAUAAAUCCCACACUGGUUUGAAUGAACUGGAUGCAGAUUUUUAUCAGGUUACGGCACUGAUGAAAUCGGGAAGCAGAAUGCCCAUCGUCUGCAAUGACCAAAUUGGGUACAUAUGACUCUAGUGAGGUCAAAGAAAUCUCACAGAGAUAGACUGAAUGGACACCAAGAGAGACUUAAUUAUUUUUACAUAAAGCUUUUGUCAGUCUUGUACAAUGCACAAAAAUAAAAUGAAGAAU